UCUAAAUAUAAACAUCCCAGCAGUGUGCUCCACUACUAAGGUGACAUUAUGCAAUACUUAUCAACAUGCUACUGGUGAAAGAUCUCUUAGCGUAUGAGCUGUGGACGUGUCAAAGUCUUUGUGAUAUUUUGGUUGACCCCGAAGAAGUUAUCAAGGAUGGUUGGAGGACAGUGAGACGCAGCUCGUCAUUUGAGACCAGUGCUGCUGUAGAGCAUCAGGAUUUUCUCCCAGAGGCAGAAAUCUGGAGAUAAAGACCUUACAAAUUUUCUUAGACCUGAAAUUAUUCACAUAAGACAUUUAGUCGAGGAUGGGUAAUGGAAUAAAUAAGAUCUUACCAGACCUUUAUCUUGGCAAUGUUAAAGGUAAGUCAUCAUAUGCACGAGACCGGGAUCUGCUGGCGCGGCACAACAUCACUCACAUCCUCUCGAUCCAUGACACAGCUGCCCCCGUCCUGGAGGACAUGACUUAUCUCUGUAUAUCCGCUGCUGACCACUCAAAGCAAAACCUGAUUCAAUACUUUAGGGAGAGCAUCAUUUUUAUCCAUGAGAGCCGACUGAAAGGACAGGGCUGCCUUGUACACUGCGUGGCAGGAGUGUCCCGCAGUGUCACUCUGGUGGUCGCUUACAUCAUGACGGUAACGGGACGAGGCUGGGUGGAGUCCCUGGCAGCCAUCAGGGCGGCCCGGCCAUGUGCAGGUCCCAACCUGGGCUUUCUGAGGCAACUGGAGGAGUUUGAAAACACAGAACUGGCAGAGUAUCGAGCCUGGUGGAUGGAACAGUAUGGGAAGAACUCCUUUAAUGAUGAAGAGGAAGUUCAGAAUCUUUUAAAUAAAAAAUCUAGCAGCAGUCUGGGGAGCAGCAGCAGCUCUGCUUCUGCCAACAUCCCCCAAGCUCUGGGAACAGGUCACACCUGAAGAGAGACUCUCUGCCCUCAUCUUCCUGGUCCUGAGGACUGAUCUAAGGACUGCUGGCAUUGCAUCAGCAGGAACAUUUAUCCAGGAUUUCUCGCGUGAGGACGAAUGGUUGAAUCUGGUGUGUGUACAAUAGCCGGGGGAUUUCAUACCCCUGUUGUCAUGUCAUGUCUUGGCCUCCAACUGUCAAAACAACAUGCAAGGGCAGCCAAGCGUGUCCCUAAAGAAGUAUGUACAUGAAGUCCUGAGUGUGAGCACACAUUUAGCAGCAUACACUCCCCCCAUCAGUUAUGUUAUGCUGUGUCUUGGACUUAAAUUAUGAGUAUUAGUUUCUAUGCAGAGUAGAAACUAAGAAACUUUGUAUUUCCCAGCACAAAUAUCACAGUUUUUUUUUCUUACCUAAAAUACUAUCAAUAUUCUUUGAACUGAUCUGAAUGGUCAAAAGUUCAGUAACUGCAGGCUCCACCUAAAAAAAACAAAAUAAUUAAUUCUUUGUUGUGUAGAUAAAGUGCGAUUGAUGUUAACUUUCAUCCAGGAGGUGAAAAUAGUUCAGAACUUUUAAGUUAAAAACUGCUGAGGGAGCUAUGAUUUCAUUUCGAUCAGCUUUGUUCAUAUUUGACAUUUUAGAAGUUACCUGCUUUUGAAACAUCAGAAUUUAAGAUGCAUUAAACGUUUUUUGUUUUUUGUUUUUAUUACCAGUACCUUGUACUAUGUACUCAUAAUUCUUAGACAAAACUAACCCCUACAUUUCAGGGUUAUUUUACUGGGACGUUAUAUUAUAUACAUGAUUGUGAAGCAGAAGGGAAAAUAAUGGAAUUUUAUUAUCUUUUUCUAAAAGCAGCACAUUUUGUUGUGGGUAGAUGCUCAGGUCUUCUGAUAUAUUCUCACCCAGCUUUGAACAUGGGGAGAUUAUUUUCAAUUCUUCUCUACAAAUGGACAGGUAGUAUCUGGAGAUGGGCUCUGAACAUCAAAUUUUCAGAUUCUAAAUCAGAUUUUUUUUCCCUCUAUACUUUGACUGGUGUUAGGAUAAUUAUUAUUGAAGAUGUGUGAGUUUAUCACACCUUGGUAUGGGCUAUUCUAACACUUUAUAACUUUCCAUUGAAGCUCUUAUUGCCAGUUUGGAGCAGGCAUGUGCAGUUGGCCUUCAAAGGCCACUAUCCUGCAGGUUUUUACAUGUUUUUCUCUUUCAGCAUACCUGAUCAAGAUUAUUUUAGUUUAGUAAAAGCCUGUUAAUCAGCAAUUAAUGAAAAAAAUGCUUUGCUGAAGUUAGAAAACAUCUAAAACCUGCAGGGCCUAAUAGGACCCCUACAGAAACCCUAAAUUCCAAUUAACUCCAACCUUUUUAUCCAUCCCUGCUGAGGAAAGGAUUCCCAUAACAUUAUUUUCCGGCCUUGUAUCAUCAUAAGGAUGAUCUUUUCAGGGGAAUAUAUAGUGUUAAUUUUUCUUCAUAUAACAUUUCACAUGUAGAUUUUGAGUUUAAUUUUUGUUCUCAUCCGAUCAUAUUGUUUAAUCCGAACCAUGACUAAUAGUUUUCAUUUUAAACAAUUCUCCUACUUGAGUUCUUGAUAUCUCCAGCCGGGCCACCUGGCUGCUUUUCUGAUUAAUAGUCUUCUUACCCAUCCUGUUGUUCCUUCCAUACUGUUUCUAUUUCCAAAUGAUGAAUCAAAUCGUAUCAGGAGAUGUUCACUGCUUAGGAUAUUGUUUUAUAAUCUAACCCUGCAUUAAAAUUUCUUCUCAACAUUCUCCCCCAA